AGUACAACACCACGUGACAGCCCUUUAACUAUCCAUGCGAGUCUGUCAGAUGGCGGAGAGAGCCUCGCGAUGUGGAUAACGUUAAAAUCUAUCAAAGGACUGUGGAGGAGUUCAGCACGAGCCUACACCUCUUUUGGUGUAAGCAUAAACUUGACUGCUCACAGCAAAGCCUGUCCUUUACGCCAAACUGUGACAUCAACCAUUGCAAGAUUCCAUGGAAACUGCACCAAGUUUGUGUCAAGGAAGCUGGUGCGCAAUGGAGAGGAGAGGGCGUCAGUGAUUUGCAUUGAAGGUAACAUUGCCAGUGGGAAAACGACAUGCUUGGAGUACUUCAGCAAAACAAGUGACAUAGAGGUGCUGACGGAACCAGUAGCGAAAUGGAGGAACGUGCGUGGUCACAACCCUUUGGGUCUGAUGUACCAGGAUCCCAGCAGGUGGGGCAUCACCCUGCAGACCUACGUCCAGCUCACUAUGCUGGAUAGGCACCUGGCUCCCAUAUCGUCCCCCAUCAGGAUGAUGGAGAGGUCCAUAUUCAGUGCCAAGCACAUCUUUGUGGAGAACCUCUACAGAAGUGGUAAGAUGCCGGAGGUGGAUUUUGCGGUGCUGAGCGAGUGGUUUGAUUGGAUCACCAAGAACAUCGCCUUGCCUGUCGACCUCAUAGUGUACCUCCAGACGACUCCAGAGACGUGCCACGAGCGGUUACUACAGAGGUGCAGAGAGGAGGAGAAGGUCAUUCCCAUGGAGUACCUGGAGUCUAUCCACCAGCUGUAUGAAGACUGGCUAAUCAAGCAGACCUCAUCUCCAGUUCCCGCUCCUGUUCUCGUGAUCCCAGCGGACCACGACCUCCAGAAGAUGCUGCACCAGUACGAGGAGAACAAGGAGCGCAUCCUGGCCGCACAGAGGACCUGAAGCUGGGGAGACGGGGACGGGGCAAAGGGGGCGUGUGUAUGCGUGCGUGCGUGCGUGCGUGCGUGUGUGUGAGGGAAAGCGUGUGAGCACAUCCUGGCUCCAUAGAGGACCUGAAGCUGGGGUGAUGGGGACAGGGGGCAAAGGGGGAGUGUGUGUGUGUGUGUGUGUGUGUGUGUGUG